UUCAGGUGUAGGACUGGCUGAACUUUUGGAAAGGCACCUUUCCAAGAAUAAGCGCCAGAGGCGCAAGAAAAACAGAUCCUGAGCCGGGGAGUGCUUUCGGGUGCCUGUGGCUGCACCUGCCUAGUCUGGGCGGCCCUUCCUGCUUCCUUCUCCUCCUCCUCCUCCUCGUCCUGGGAGGCAUGUCCAGGAAGCAGGAUCUCCUUCCUCCUCCGUGGCCGGAUUUCCAGGGAGGAGACGCGGUGGGCACCGCGAUGGAGAGCUUGGCGCCCUCACCUGUGCCUUCCCCUGCGCGCUUUGGAAGCAGCCACAACCUGGGCUUCAUCUCCCUCCCCAAACGUUGCCUGCUGCUGCUCUUGCUGCUGCUGAAAUAUGAACCAUCUUGGGGGAAGAAAACAUUACUGACCACACCUGUCGUUCUACAGGCUGAAGAUAGUGUGUUUUAUGAGGAUUUCAUUCACCUCAAUGUUUUGGACAAAAGAGUCCGCAAUGAUACUGAAAUUUCAGUCACUUAUUUAUGUUCAAAACCUUGCAUUGUGACCAUAGAAGCCAUAGCUUCAUUGGAAUUCAGAACUGCUAUUUCGGUGUAUAAGAAAAGCUGGGAGAACAACAAUCACCUCCACACCACUUGGAAUCAAACAGUGAGCUUGACAUUCCCAAGCAGUAUGGUUUUCAGAGAUGAUUUUGUGAUCAAACAUUCUUUAAUCGUACACACAGUGAUACUUUAUGCAUGGAUUAGUCACAAGCAAGCAAGAGUCCACCGUGCGAAAGAAGAGGAAGGAUACCAGCAGGCAAUUGCAAAAGACUAUACUUUGCUAGAAAUAGUUCCACCGUUUGAACGCCCACACAAAGAUCACAGAGUGUGCUUGAAAUGGAGCUUGCAGUAUACCUGGAGACUGCAAGCAAACAGAAUACCUCGGUGCCUUCAUGAGACUGAUGCAGUAGAGAUCCUUAACUUUCCAUACGCAUCCAGUGGAGAGAGGGCAGGGUUGGUGAAGAAGUUUCAGAAAUUUAAGAACAGAGAGCUUGAAAUGAUCAGAAAGAGACAAAUCAGCUACCCAAACUUUACUGUUUCAGUCUGGCUUUAUUUACUCCACUACUGCAAAAAACCCUUAUGUGGAAUUCUCUAUUUCAUUGAUUCGAAAGAAAUGUAUGGUAGCCCAGCUGUGUUUCUAAAUGAUGAAGGUUGUGUUCACAUCCAGAUGCACCUCACCAAUGGAGAAGACACUGCUGUGAAAACUACGUUCAGCCUUCCUCUUAAGCAGUGGCUUCGGCUUGAUCUCUCCGUUAAUGGAGAACAGAUCGAAAUACGCAGUGUUGGAACAAACCUGAAAAUUCAUCAGCAUGAAGCAUUUCAUUUUAGAGAGGAUUUUUAUUACAACGACACGUCUGGAUAUUUCGCUUUGGGAGGCAGCGCAUAUUCACCUGGCAUCGAAGGAUACUUUGGAACAGUAAAAUACUAUCGUUUACAUAGCCUUGAGACUGAAAGGAUUUCGAACCCUUUCUUCGGCAAUGAAGUUCUGAAAAGAAUUGAUGCAUACCAUCAGAAAUGCCCAGCUAUCCAAAGGAUAGCAUCCAAGUAUGGAUUCACACUGAGAGAAGGCGAAGAAGAGCCAAAAUGUAUUCGUGACAACUAUUAUUUGGAAAUGAAAAACAAAUAUGGAGGGGAUCCCAAGUGUGCUGAGUUCAGCUGGGGCAAAGAACUAAUAGGAAAACACCACAGCAUAUCUGGACUGUUGCCUGAAGCUAUAUCUGGGCGCAAGUUAUUUAUGGCAACUCUUCAAAAUCUAUCCAAGGAUGAUGGUCUACAUUAUAUAAACUCUUCUCUCCAAUCCUUGUUGGAUUCCAGCUGUUUGGGAUAUCACAGAGCUUCCUAUGUUCUCGGUGUUAUCUUUGAAAUAGGACUAGGUGUGGCUACAGAUCCACUUCAGGGACUGCUGUACAGUUUGGUUGCAGCUCAAGGGGGCGACAGACUGGCCCUAAUGAACCUUGGAUAUAAGCAUUACCAAGGCAUUAAUGAUUACCCUCGAGAUCUGGACUUGUCCUAUGCAUACUAUAGUGAUGUUGCUGUCAAGACGCCUCAUGAUCAAAACACUGCAGAAGGAGACCAGGCAUUCGUAGAACCAGUAAGGCUACAGGAUGAUGAAUUACUGAAAGCUCAAACCAGAGAAAGUGGCGAUCUCUUCAUGUGGCUGAAACAUGAAGCUAAAAGAGGAGAUGGAGCUGCACAGCAACGUUUAGGACAAAUGCUCUUUUGGGGACAGCAAGGAGUUGGGAAAAAUCACAAAGCAGCUGUAGAAUGGUAUGCAAAGGGUGCCUUGGAAACAGGAGACCCAACUUCCCUAUAUGAUUAUUCCAUUGUUUUAUUCAAGGGUCAAGGUGUGAAAAAGAACAAAAGACAUGCUCUACAACUGAUGAAAAAAGCAGCGUCGAAGGGACUACCUCAAGCGGUAAAUGGCCUGGGCUGGUAUUAUCAUAAUUUUCGAAGAGACUAUGCAAAAGCAGCCAAAUACUGGUUAAAAGCUGAAGCAAUGGGCAGCCCUGAAGCAUCUUUCAAUCUGGGUGUCCUGUAUUUAGAUGGAAUUUAUCCAGGACAGACUGGUCGAAAUUAUACUGUGGCUGCUGACUAUUUCUAUAAAGCGGCAGAAGGAGGUCACAUGGAAGGAACAUUGCGGUGCUCUCAGUAUUAUAUUACUGGAAAUUUAGCAAGCUUUCCCAGAGAUCCAGAGAAGGCAGUGCUCUGGGCAAAAUUUGUGGCAGAAAAGAACGGCUAUUUAGGUCAUGUCAUCCGAAAAGCACUCAAUGCUUAUCUAGACUUAUCCUGGCACCAAGCUCUGCUGUAUUACAUACUUGCUGCAGAGACUGGGAUUGAAGUUUCACAAACAAAUCUGGCACACCUUUGUGAGGAGCGAGCAAAUCUGGCAAAAACAUACUUGGCUACUGAUUGUGUUUGGAGAUACUACAAUUUCUCAGUCUUUCAAAGCAAUGCUCCCACCUUUGCUUAUAUUAAAGUAGGAGACUUCUACUAUUAUGGAUAUCAGAACCAGACCAGAAACCUGGAUAUGUCAGUACAGAUGUAUUCCCAAGCUGCAUUACUUGGAGAUGCCCAAGGAUUCUAUAAUUUGGCCACCCUUCUUGAAGAAGGUUACUCCAUCCCAAGUGACAUUUUAGAUCAUUUAGAAAUCAGCAGGUCGCUCCAAACUAGUAAUACGGCCCUUCGUCAACAGCUUUAUGAAAGGUGCUGCAGUCUUAGCAACCAAGAAUCAAUCAGCCCCUGCACAUUAGCUUUGCUUUAUUUUCACCUGAGGAUUUUCUGCAAUAUUUGGCAUUCUAGCCUGAUUUAUUUCCUGGGUUCCUUGUUGGCCUUCACUUUGGUUGCAUUAGUCAUGCAAUGUUUUCAACGUCUGCUUCGUAUUCGCCCCCAGGUAUCAUCAAUCCCUGGACAGGCUCCAGCUGACUGUUCUUCCCCAGAUGAAAGCACAAAGGAUCCUGGAAUAGCAGAGCCUGAAGGACAUCCUGUUCCAAAUAAUGGAGAAGAGACGGACUUAAACCCUCAACGUCCUUUUUCUAGCAGUUGAGAUAUAAUUUUCUCAGCAGGUGUUGCCUUCAGAAGAUGAGCUAUGAACUUUUACCCCCUUCUACCAUCAAGAGCUAAAGGUCUACCUUUUUAUUGGGAUCCACUCCAGGGGCAAAAUCCUGUGUUCACAAUCUCUCUUCCUUUCUUGAACUUUGAGGAGUCUCAAGAGUUUCACCCAAAAGUGGAUUAGCAAGGAGGGUGGAUUGAUUCUAAGAGUGAGAGCCUUUGAAUGAAGGGUAGUGGCAAGCAAACAUCAAGUCAAUUUGUUGUUGACCUUGGAAAUGGCAUAAACUUUGUCAGCUUGGUCUUAUCACAGAAAAGGGGAUUUCUGUUCCUUUAAAAUAAAUCAGAUUGUCUGAGCCCUGAGUGGCAUGCUUUGGUAGAAAUAACUUAUCAACGCAAGCUGAGCAAAGUAUACUCCCACUUUGGUUUCAUUUUUCUAAAGCAGAGGUAACAAGUUUGAUUUCAAAGGCCAAAAUCCAAUCGCUAAUCCAAAUUAGAAUAGGCCAUUGGUUCAGUGAAAUUUCUUUUUUUGGUCAGCAGUUUAUUCAGUAUGCAAGUCUGUGUUCGGUGGGAAUGAUCAUUGAUUUAGGUCAGGAAUAACAAUGUGAUAUCCCUGGACACGUAAAAGGAAGAUUAUGUUAAACUGAAAAACAAAAAUUAAAAGAGAGAGUUAUUUUAGGAUAUGGAUUUAGGACAGUGAUUGUCAUUCAUUCAUUGUCAACCAGAGAUAUUUUAUUUUAUUUUAUUCAAUAUUGUUGGCAGUGAAUCAGAAGUGUGUUUUUUUCCCAAUCCCAGUCCCCUUACUUUUGGGAGGCAAUAUCUAUUACAUAUUGUUGUAACCUCCUGAAAUUGCAGGUGUUUUUUGAGGCACCUAAUCCAACCCACCAUUGAAGUACCUCCAAAGGUGGGCAUCCUACCUCGAUCUAAAAACCUUAAAUGAAGGAGAGCCCCCCACUUCUUGAGGGAGUCUGUUCCCUUUAUAGUAUCUGUACAUUCUUCUUAAUGUUCGGUUAAGAGUCUCCUUUCUUGUUUAUCGUAGUUUUUAUUCCUGGAAUUUUAUUGUGCUGUGUGCUCUUCAGUCAUUUAUAUCAUCUUUCGUUUGUUUACAACUUAGACAUUAAAUUAUGAUAAGCAGUUCACAAAUUAUAUUAAAUAAAAAAGGGCAGUGGGGAUGAUGAUUACAACACUACAAUGAUUGGCUAUUAAAACAAGCUCAUAAGCAGAACAUGAUGAUCAUGAUUGUUGUCUGUUCAAAUCCAAAUGCAUGGGGUUAUUUUCAUGAUUUCCAAAAUAAUUUAUGAGCAUUAUUUUUAAUAUUCCUUGGAGCAGAAGUUGACAACAUGCAAUUAUCCAGAUGUUGGACGGGAAUUCCAACCAUUAUUCACCAUUAGUCAUUGACAAGGGCAGGGCUUUUAAAACCUUUCCACUCAUGACCCCUUUGGGCCCAAGAAUUUUUUGCGUGACCCCAAAUAUACAGGUAUAUAAAAUAGGUGUAAAAAUCAAACAUUUACUUAUAAGAAAUCAGCAUUUACAAGGUUUGUUAAACAGGCUGAUUUUCCUUUUUUCUGAAGCACAACAGAAACACUGCACAAUAAAUGUGUGUAAAUGUAAAUGUAGGUGCCAUUCUGAAAAUUUUAAUCUUUGCC